AUGCCUGCCAUGGAUCCCUCCGACGGCCUCCCUGCCCCCAUUCCCGAGAUCAAGCCCUCCUUCACCUUCCCAGCGCCCCAAGUCCAUAUCGACGACAUAGACGACCAUCCGCCGCCCCUCGUCCACCACCUAACCGAGCCAACCCCGGCGCAUCGAUUUGCCAGCCCUAUGCGGCACCAUAAGCGAACCCCGAGCGCGCAUCGCGAAGUCAAGGAGACACUGAAUGCCCAGACUGAAUUCUCCAACGAAGACGCCGAUGGGAGAACCCACCAUCGGGUAAACCAAUACACAAUCUUGGAGGAGAUUGGGAGAGGCUCCUACGGCGCCGUCCAUCUAGCUACAGACCAAUUCGGCAAUGAAUAUGCUGUCAAAGAGUUCUCCAAAUCUCGCCUGCGAAAGCGCGCCCAGUCAAACAUCCUCCGACUGGGCCCACGCGGGCCCAAGCGCAUCGGCCCUGGGACACCGCUGGGUGCUGGUCUUCGCAAAAGUGAGAGCAAGGAUGCGCUGUUCCUCAUCCGAGAGGAAGUUGCCGUUAUGAAGAAGUUGAACCACCCCAACCUGGUCCAACUGAUCGAGGUCCUGGAUGACCCCGAAGAAGAUUCGCUCUACAUGGUCUUGGAGAUGUGCAAGCGGGGCGUCGUCAUGAAGGUUGGACUGGACGAGCAAGCUGAGCCGUUUGACGAGGAAAAGUGCCGCUUCUGGUUCCGCGACCUCAUCCUGGCUAUCGAGUACUUACACGCCCAGGGAGUCAUCCAUCGAGACAUCAAGCCAGACAACCUGCUCUUGUCCGAUGACGACGUCCUGAAAGUCGUCGACUUUGGAGUGUCGGAGAUAUUCGAGAAGCCUCAAAACAUGAGAAUAUCCAAGUCAGCUGGCUCCCCCGCCUUCCUACCUCCCGAGCUUUGCGGCAAGCACGGCGAUGUAUCUGGCACGGCAGCCGACAUCUGGUCUAUGGGUGUCUCGCUCUUCUGCCUCAAGUAUGGGCGCAUCCCUUUCAACAGAGACGGCAUGCUGGAUAUGUACGACGCCAUCAAGUCGGACGAGCCGCAGAUCCCAGAAGAUGAGAACCCCGACUUUGUCGACCUGAUUCGCAAGCUGCUGGACAAGAACCCAGAGACUCGCAUCACAAUGAAGGAGAUUCGAAACCAUGCCUGGGUGACUUGCAAUGGGACCGAUCCCUUGCUCUGCGCCGAGGACAAUUGCGUGAACAUGGUGGAGCCCCCGAACGAGUUAGAGGUCAGCCGCGCCUUGACCAGAAAGUUCAACCACUUGCUCUGUGUUAUGAAGGCCAUCCGCAAAUUCAAAGCUAUCCUUGACAGGACACGCUCUGAGACGGCGGCUCGAUCAUCGAGCGGGAGCCCCACCACUCCCCAGGGCGUCUUCGACUCCAAGGACAUUGCCAAGGCCGAGGUCAUCACAGCACUCCUCUCCCAGAGACGAAAGGUCCGCGCUCUGAACCUCAUAGGCAACGGCAAUGGCGAUUCAAAGGGCUCUGGUAGUGGCAUUGGCGAGCAGGAGACCAGAUUCCUCGGCAUCGGCACGGGAGCCCGAGACGACUUCGCCAUGGAUGAGGCAACGCCAGACAUUGUCUCGGACUCGCCCACUGCAGUCGACUUCAACGUCUACGACCGAGCGUAUGAGAGUGCAGUAGAGCAGAUCAACUCGGCCCAGAAUACGUCGCAGAAGCCAACCGUGUUUCUGACCAAGCUUGUCAAGGACGCUGGAGGCUUGCAGGGAGGUGACCAGUCAGCAGUGCAGGCUUCGGAUUUGCCCGCACAGGCCGCUGCACAGCAGGAGCAUGAGACAUCCUCGUCCACCACCGAGACACUCGCACAACUUGCCUCUAAUCUGGACGUAUCGGACAACAAGUGA